AUGGCUGAUCUGAUCGGAGGCGGCACUGCCGCUUCCAACGGUAAUGCCUCGGCUUCCACCCGCCAGCGCACCACUGGCGCCCCUAACCCUACUAGCUCGCCCUCUGGAAUUCGUGGUCCUAGAAUGAUCAUGCAGGAGCGUGCUGCUAGAGAGGCAGCCCGUCAGAGAGCAGAACAGGAACAGAUGCAGUUGGAGAGACAGCGAGCCGAGCAGGAAGCUCGCCUAUUGGAGGAGACGCAGAGACGGAAUGCGGAGCGCCGAGCUGCCACCGCUGCUACUGGCGCUGCCGGAGGAGGAACAGCUGGUGGCGCCGCCAACGUGCUCCAGCAGGACCCCACCUCUCACCGGCGACCCGUAGUUACCGAUACCCCACAAACCCGAACCAACCCGGGAGGAAGUUCCCGCCAGCCUACAACGACUCAGCCGCAGACUCGACUCGGUCGAACGGCGUCAACGUCUCAGCCCGGCCAGCAACCCUACAGCACAGCCCCUCAGGCCAGCACCACUCAACAGCCCGCUAACACUUCUGUUCAGGGAGCCCAGGAAUCCGGCGCUGCGGGAUCGAGACCCAGAAACUCGUUUCCCCACGCGUUUGAGCGUUGGGAAACCUUAUCGGCUCACUGGGAGGGUCUCACCAGCUUCUGGAUUCGACGGCUUGAACAGAACAACCAGGACAUCGAGCGUGAUCCUGUCAACCAAGCGCUCUCUCGCCAGGUCACCGAUCUUACUGCGGCCGGUGCCAACCUUUUCCACGCCGUCGUCGAGUUGCAGCGCCUCCGCGCUAGUUCCGAACGCAAGUUCCAGCGAUGGUUCUUCGAGACCCGAGCCGAGCUGGAGCGUGCUCAGGAGGUCAACGCCAUGUUAGAGUCGGCCCUUGACGAGGAGAGACGUGCUAGAGAGAACGCUGUUCAGGCAGCUAUCCAGAAAGAGCGUCAGCACUCCGCCAACGAUGAACGCGUCAGAGAGAUGAAGAAGGAGCUUCAGAUCUCCAAAGAAGAGGCUCGCCGCGCUUGGGAGGAGCUCGGUCGCCGUGAGCAUGAAGAACGUGAGCGGACCCAGUCUCUGCAAAGCGGUCAGCCUACCAUUCUCGGCGGCGUCCAGGUCGUCCCGAUGACACAAGGUGUUCCCAGUCGCCAUGGCAGCUCCCGCGACCAAUAUGGCGGCCAGCAGGCCGGCUACGCUGGCGAUUAUUCUCAAGCACCUGGUGGUCAAUCCAUCCCCGCCACUUCCAGCAACCUCUAUCCAUCCGGCGACCCAGGUCAGGAGGGCGUAACUUACACGGGUGCUGGUUCCGAGGGUGGAUACUCUGAAGGUGAGUACACUAUCGAUGCGCAAGGCCAGUUCGUUCGCGAUUCCCGAGGAAACAAGGUUCCCUUCAUUGCUCCACCUUCCCCAGUUUCUGACGAAGGUAUAGAAGAGUAUGAAACCCCCGCGACGAACCCACCCAGUGCCGGUUACCUGCAGACUCCCACCACGUCCGCUGGAGAACAGCAGCAGGGAACCACUCAAGACUAUUCCGGCUCGGGCUAUGCUGCUCCAGGCUGGGAGACUGUCCCCAGGCAUCAUCACCCGACCCGCCUGAGCGAUGUCAUGGAAGAGGACGAGCGCAGCCGCGCCAGCAACAGUCAAGUGGGCCGACACUAG